AUGGAGUCAGGUUCUAAAUCCAAGAGACGUGAGGGUCAAGACAUGACAAGCGAUCUUCCUGAUUCUAUUAUUGGUCACAUUCUUUCUUUUCUUUCAACUAAACAAGCUGUCCGUACGAGUGUUUUAUCAAAGAGGUGGAUUCAUAUGUGGACAUUUGUCACCAAACUAAGUUUCAACGACCGUGACAGUAACGACUCUUAUCCUUCUUAUAAUAACAUUUCCAAUAAGUCAGUUUCCUUUUCCAAGUUUGUAAAUAGAGUCUUGUUGCAUCUUAAUAAUGCAACCAUCCAGGAAUUUCAUCUUUCUCUGCCGGAGAAUUAUGAUCCCAACUAUAUCAAUCAAUGGGUAUCUACCGUUUUAAAUAGAGGCGUAAAAAAGAUUAAUGUAAGUUCCAAGAAAGAACGCAACACUUUACGUUUUCCCCUUUUCGAAUGUCAGUCCCUAGAAGAAAUUGUGUUUAAGAUGAUAAUAAGGUAUUCUACUAUGAAACCCGCCUCUUUUAUUUGUCUUCCAUCCCUCACAAUACUCAAAUUGGUUGGUAUCAAAUUUACUUGUCACUCUUCUAAUGAAUUGAAACAGUUGACACUUAGUUUUCCACUUCUUAGAGAAUAUGUGACACAUGAUUGCGUCUGGUCAGAUGUAAACAGAGUUACAAUAGAAGCUCCAUUACUUGAAUCCGUUGAUUUUAGCUCCAAUGAUAAGCCAAUUGAGUCUCUAAUUAUUAAGUUUCGUUCCACACAUAUUACAAAAUUCUCUUUUGAAUGUCCUAUAUCAUCGCAAACCAUUUUGCUAGAUGAUCGACACAUCCCUUCAGCCAAAUUAAAUAUAUUUGAUUUUGAUCACUGUAGUGCGGAGGAAUCAUGGAUUUUUAUUCGCAGGCUUCUUAGUCUCUUUACUAACGCAGAAUAUCUUGAUCUUUGUUUUGACACUCUUCAUGAGGCUCUUACAUCAGUGGAACAUUGUUUGGAUUGUAUUCCUACAUUUCAAAUGUUGGCUCAUCUGAAGCUAUUUUGUACAAGUGAUGUUUUGUUGGGCAUUCUGUUAAAAUCACCUUGUCUCGAGACUCUGGUUGUUGACGUUUACGAAAUGCAGAAGUUUGCACUUGUACCAGACUGUUUUAUAUCAACUCUUAAAGUGGUGAAGUUUGAUGACUAUUUCUGCGGUGAUGGUGAGCUAAGUUUUGCUAAAUUUGUGAUGGAGAAUGCGAAGAUGUUGGAGAGGAUUUCUUUCGUAUUCUCUUAUUGCAUGUCAGACUCAAAAGUGGAAAGUGCUAAAAAGAAGUUAAGUUUAAUUAAGAUCAAUUCUAGCAAAGCGAUUAUGGAUUUUUCUACUUCUAAAUCGCAACUUGCCUCGAUCUAG